UACCGCUUCUAACGGCGGACUCGUUUCUAGUUAAAAUGUUUGGCAGCUGUAUUUGGUAAAGGCUCACUGUUGUUUUUAGUGUUCUUUAAGGAUGCAAAGAACAGUAUAGUUAGACAGUUUUAACAUUUCCCACCUAACAAGCCGGCUGUUGUUUUUGAAUGAGUUUAGUGAUUGAUGGAGGAGCAGAGUCAGGACACUGCUGGGGGAGGAGGAGGAGAAGGAGAAGGACCGUCUGUAAAGGAUGAAGAGGUGAAAAACGAGAACCUGAUAGAGAUGGCAGCUCCAGGCACAGACGAGGAAGAUGAAGAGACUCUUCCUCACUCGGAGAUCCUGGAUAUUUUCGAGGAGGGACUCGCCCGACUUGUGCAGGACCCUUUACUCUGUGAUCUGCCCAUCCAGGUGACUCUGGAGGAAGUAAAUUCUCAGAUUGCUUUGGAGUACGGCCAGGCAAUGACUGUGAGGGUUUUUAAGGCAGAUGGUGAAAUAAUGCCCAUAGUGGUGGUGCAAAAUGCCACCGUCCUUGACCUGAAGAAGGCCAUUUGCAGAUUCAUGCAGCUGAAACAACAACGUGAAGGCGGAGUGAAACAUAUCAGCUGGAGAUAUGUUUGGAGAACUUAUCAUUUAGUGUUUCAAGGGGAAAAGCUUGAUGAUGACAAGAUGAGGCUUAAAGACUACGGGAUCAGGAACAGAGAUGAAGUGACGUUCAUGAAGAGACUCAGGAAGAAGUGAAACAAUACAGUCAACAUUUGUUGCCACUUGCCUCACAGACUUGAAAUGACCAUCACAAAGUACUCAUGAUUGUAUUAAUUGUUUUAUUUUAAGUGUUUUGGUCAGACUUGACAUGAUACCUCUGUACACAAUAUGAAAUACUUUUCCAGAAACCUGCUUUACAAACUGACCUGCCUCUCAUAGUCUACUUUAAAUAAGAUAUGUGGGGCACUAGAUGUUAAACCUUACUUUUAAUGCCAUUGUGUGGUGAUUUUUGUGUGAUUGUUUGCAAAUAU